AUGCCCGUCUCCUCCUCCGAGCUCGCCGAGGGCAUCCACCUCGCCCGCCGCGAACUCAGGUUCGCCCAUGCCGCCCGCCGCCGGCACGUGCAGUGCGGCACGUGGAGUGUCGACGAAGACCUGGCGCUUCGGCGCACCAUCCGCCUCUGCCGGCGCGCGCUGGCCGUCUUCCUCCCCGCCUACGAGGUGACCCUCGCGCGCGAGGCCAACUUCCAGCCCCCCCUGGCCCCCCUCCUCGCGCCCCUCGUCCGCGUCCUCGCCUGCUGCGCCCUCGCCGGCUGGCUGCCCUUCGGGGACAAGAUGACCUUGGGCGGAAACUUUGGGCCCUAG